AACUUUGGGAGGCUGAGGCGGGCGGGUCACAAGGUCAGGAGAUUGAGACCAUCCUGGCUAACACAGUGAAACCCCAUCUCUACUAAAAAUACAAAAAAUUACCCGGGCGUGGUGGGGUGUGCCACUCGCGAGGCGGAGCUUGGGGUGAGCCAAGAUCGCACCACUGCACUAGAUCUGGGCAACAGAGCGAGACUCCACCUCAAAAAAAAAAAAAAAAAAUUCAUUUUUUAAAUACAUGGGUAUUUCUUUUUAGGUAAAGUGUCUAUUCAUGUCUGUUGCUUCACAAAAAAUGAGCUUUUGUGAAAAAAAUUCACAAAAAUGAAUUUUAUUUUCCAUUACAUUGAGAAAUAAGAAAAUAGGCCAGGCGCCCGGUGGCUCACGCAUGUAAUUCCAGCACUUUGGGAGAGCAAGGUGGGCAAAUCACGAGGCCAGGAGAUCGAGACCAUCGUGGCUGACAUGGUGAAACCCCGUCUCUACUAAAAAUACAAAAAACAAACAAAAAAAUAGCCAGGCGUGGUGGCUGGCACCUGUAGUCCCAGCUACUCAGGAUGCUGAGGCAGGAGAAUGGCGUGAACCCGGGAGGCGGAGCUUGCGGUGAGCCAAGAUCGCACCACUGCACUCGAUCCUGGGCGACGGAGUGAGACUCCGUCUCAAAAAAAAAAAAAAAAAAAUUCAUUUUUUAAAUACAUGGGUAUUUCUUUUUAGAUAAAGUGUCUAUUCAUGUCUGUUGCUUCACAAAAGUGAGCUUUUGUGAAAAAAUUUAACAAAAAUGAAUUUUAUUUUCCAUUACAUUAAGAAAUAAGAAAAUAGAUUUCCUCUUUUACCAAGGACCCGCCAACAUGGGCCGCGUUCGCACCAAAACCGUGAAGAAGGCGGCCCGGGUCAUCAUAGAAAAGUACUACACGCGCCUGGGCAACGACUUCCACACGAACAAGCGCGUGUGCGAGGAGAUCGCCAUUAUCCCCAGCAAAAAGCUCCGCAACAAGAUAGCAGGCUAUGUCACGCAUCUGAUGAAGCGGAUUCAGAGAGGCCCAGUAAGAGGUAUCUCCAUCAAGCUGCAGGAGGAGGAGAGAGAAAGGAGAGACAAUUAUGUUCCUGAGGUCUCAGCCUUGGAUCAGGAGAUAAUUGAAGUAGAUCCUGACACUAAGGAAAUGCUGAAGCUUUUGGACUUCGGCAGUCUGUCCAACCUUCAGGUCACUCAGCCUACAGUUGGGAUGAAUUUCAAAACGCCUCGGGGACCUGUUUGAAUUUUUUCUGUAGUGCUGUAUUAUUUUCAAUAAAUCUGGGACAGCAAAAAAAAAAAAAAAAAAAAAAAAAGAAAUAAGAAAA